AUGGGGUGUCUCAUGUGCUACGGGUCUAAGAUCGGUUGGUAUCACCGCGUCUUUUUACCGGUGAUCGUGCUGGAGCUUGCCCGUGGCGAAGGGGGAUCGAUCUGGGGCGCCAUCGAUCUGUGCGCGCUGUGCAUGGUCGCUGCGGGUGGGCGGAAUGCAUUGUCGAGUCCGAAUGCGGGCGUGUGCCUAGGGUAA